AGUGCAGGUGAGGCGGCCGGGCUCGGCCCGACCCCUGCCCGUCCGUCAGCCUGCGCGGGCUCCGAGAUCCCGCGUCCUCCGCAGGACCGCCCCCCGCGCCCUUCUCUCUAGCUCCAGGAAGGAACCCCGGAUGUUGGUUUUCGCUUUGCUUCCUACAUCGCUAAUUCCAUGGUGCUGCAGAAGGAGCCUGCGGGGGCAGUGAUUUGGGGCUAUGGAGUGUCCGGAGCCACAGUGACAGUGACUCUGUGCCAAGAUCAGGAAACCACCAUGAAGAAAGUGACCAGUGUGCAAGCACACUCUAAUAGCUGGAUGGUGGUACUGGAUCCUAUGAAGCCUGGUGGACCUUAUGAAGUGAUGGCACAGCAGAUUCUUGGGAGGAAGAACUUCACCCUGAGAAUUCAUGAUGUCUUAUUUGGAGAUGUCUGGCUUUGCAGUGGGCAAAGUAACAUGCAAAUGACUGUUUCACAGAUAUUUAAUGCCACAAGCGAGCUGUCGAACACAGCUGCCUAUCAGUCUGUCCGCAUCCUCUCCGUGUCUCUCAGCCAGGCUCAGCAGGAGCUGGAGGACCUUGCCAAGGUUGAUUUGCAGUGGUCCAAGCCCACCUCGGAAAACUUGGGCCACGGCAAUUUCACGUACAUGUCAGCAGUGUGCUGGCUCUUUGGGCGUUACCUGCAUGACACUCUGCGGUAUCCCGUGGGGCUGCUCUCCUCCUCGUGGGCCGGGACGCCCAUUGAAGCCUGGUCGUCUGGAAGGUCACUGAAAGCCUGUGGGGUCCCGAGGCAAGGGUUCGUGCCAUCUGAUCCUGAAGCUGGUCCCAGCGAACACUCAGUUCUCUGGAAUGCCAUGAUCCAUCCGCUCCGUAAUAUGACCCUGAAAGGGGUGAUAUGGUACCAGGGGGAGUCCAACGUAAACUUUAACAGGGACCUGUACAAUUGUACGUUCCCUGCACUCGUUGAAGACUGGCGCCAGACCUUCCACGAUGGCUCCCAGGGGCAGACAGAGCGCUUCUUCCCAUUUGGAUUUGUCCAGUUAUCUUCAUAUUUGUCUGGUGCAACCCCAAGUGAUGGGCUUCCCCAGAUCCGUUGGCAUCAAACAGCAGACUUUGGCUAUGUCCCUAACCUAAGGAUGCCCAAUACUUUCAUGGCUGUAGCUAUGGAUCUCUGUGACAGGAAUUCGCCUUUUGGCAGCACACACCCUCGAGAUAAGCAGACGGUGGCCUACAGGCUGCACCUGGGGGCCCGUGCCGUGGCUUAUGGGGCGAAGUUGACCUUUCAAGGCCCACUGCCUCAGAAGAUAGAACUCCUGGGCAACAUGGGGCUGCUCAACCUCACAUAUUCCCAGCCAAUCCAGGUGCAGAGGCACAGCAACAAGAUAUUUGAGAUCUCCUGUUGCAGUGACCAUCAGUGCAAGUGGCUUCCAGCUCCCAUGGACGCUUUCUCCACCCAGACGCUGGCCCUGAAUGUCACGUCUUGUCAUGACAACCUGGUUGCUGUUCGCUAUGCGUGGACCACGUGGCCCUGUGAAUAUAAGCAGUGUCCCCUGUACCACCCCACCAGUGCCCUGCCAGCUCCUCCCUUCACUGCUUUCAUUACAAACCAGAUUCCUGGGUAUCGCGGCAAGGUUGCUAAAUGAUUUCGUUGCGGUAUGAUCACAUCUUAGACGUAAGUGUGGAUCCUUUAGAUCUGGGCAUUUAGGAGUUUAAAUGACAGCUAUUGCUUUUUAAUGGAAAUGACUAGAACUGCCUCAUUGACAGCGCCUGGCUAGCACAUGGCUGUUUCCGUAUCCUGAGACGCCAGAGCUGGUAGGCAAAUGAAACGCUUGUCUUUUGUCCUCCAGUUGGGCCAGGUAUCUGUAUUAGACUAAUUCCAAACUACAAAUAACUUGAAUCUCAAUGUCAUUCACUUCCCUUAUUGCUGGGAGUGAAAUGUCUUUAACACUUUUGUCCCCUUACCUCCAGACCGUGGAAACUCAGGGUUGGAAGA